AUGCUAGAUACAAACGAAAAGUCGUUCCGCUGUUUUUGUGGCAAGGCGUUCGCUCGACGCGAUCUCUUAAAGCGACAUGAAGAAAUCGGCAAACAUCUGGCCACGAACCUCGCCUUACGUGGGAACUCUGCUCCAAAUGUAACCCCGAUAUUAGCAGCCCCGACACCUCCCACGACUGCGGAGUAUACACCACCCGAUUCUUCGGGACACAGCAAUGAGAGUCCGUUGAAUGAUCCUGGAUAUGGCGAGGAUGUUCACAUGAACACCUUCCUCAGCUUCGAUGCCUUCCUCAACACUAUGGGACUGAAUGCUCCGCUGGACAGUAUCUUCCCGGACUUGUUGAGUGGACCCGACCCAAAUUUUGGAGUCGACGAAUCCUCCCAGAUGUUCACUACCGCAAGGCUACCGUAUCUACCGCCGGAUGCACACGCUGAAGAUAUCCAUGAGCUCAAGCGUAUCCCUUGCGCUUGGAAGGUUACAACCGGGCAAUGGGAAGAUCUUCGCUCGGCCAUCAAACCAUACGACAAGCAGAUGAACGGCUUUGUUCUUCCAUCUUUGCUGGCUAUUAGUCGUCACAUCACUGGAUACUUCGAGGACUUUCAUAAUCAUCUCCAGAUCCUCCAUCCUGUCACGUACCGACCCCAAGAUUGCCCAGAGUCGCCUGAGUUGACAUUGGCUGUUGCUGCAGUCGGUGCAAUAUGCAGGUAUGAAACGAAUACCGCCGUGAGAAUGUUUGACGCUGCGAUGUCGAUAGUACAUGCUCGUUUGCGAGAGUAUGGAUCGAGGUUUAGCGCGGCUCAACUCAAUCAUGGGGUGACUGAUGUGGAUCCGAGAUCAUGGAGUGCUCUGCGAACGGUACAGGCUGCUCUACUUCUGACAGCAUUUGCUGUGAUGGAAGACUAUGCGACUUCCGACGAGCACGUUGGAGCACCAGGCAUAACUCAAACCACCUGGAAGCAAUGGACCUUCUUGGAAGGCGUCCGUCGCACAAGAUGCGCCAUAUUCAAUGUUCUGAAUAUCUACACGACAGUUCUUGAUUCGCCCCCUGCUCUGCCUAGCAGUAGACUCAAUACAUAUCUGCCUUGUUCUACUCUUGAGUGGACUGCGCAGAACGAAGAUGACUGGAGGCUUGCACAAGACCUAGCUCCUGAACCCCAGGGCUUUCAAGAAGCGUAUUCCGAUCUUCUCACCGCUGCUGCCCCCCAAAAUGCCCUAUACUCGCCAUUCGGAAACCUGGUCCUCAUCAAUGCUUUGUUGCAACGCAUCCACCUUGCGAGACAGAUGCAGCUCAAUGGGCGCAGCGAGAGCCUACGAUCUUCUGAUCUUGAUGAGAUCAAUAUUGCACUCGAGCGCUGGACACACGCAUGGAGACAGGCACCAGAGUCGAUCUUCGAUCCCAGGAACCCAGAUGCGUCCAAUUCUUUCACGGCGACAUCCCUAUUAGGGCUCGCGUUCGUUCGCCUUCACACGACCUACGCUUCGUGUCGAGCGCUGCGCGAGUGGCAGCCACACAAGACCGGUCUCAAUCUGGCCCGCGCCCACAGUCCAAAACGCGAUGCGGAUAUCAUCGCUGCUCUCCUCCACGCCACGCAGGCCUUUGCAGUCCCUGUGAAGUUCGGUGUGGAGGUCACCAGUCGUAGACAGUUCCACCACUGGGACCUUCAAAACUUCGUUUGGCAUCUCGAAGCCGCCACGUUCCUGAGCAAAUGGCUCUUAAGCGUAGCGGAUUUCUGCGACAAAGAUCCAGUAUCAGAUUUCGAAUGCAGGUUGAUGUCCAUCAUCCAUAGCCUAGUCAACAAGGCCGAAGAGUCGCUAGGAUGGAGCACGAUACCCGAGCCGGGCAAGGCAGUAGCACAUCGGACGACUGCAACACUGGCAAGGGAUUUGAGCGAUCGCCUCUCUAGAAUCUGGUCACGUCUUUAUAAAAGACACAACUCGCCGUGGGCUCUCACUGAGUUGAUCGGCGAAAGUCUGGAGGAGUACCAGAAGGCGAUGGCGAGGUUGUAG